CAGUCCUGCUGCUGUUGCUUCUUCUUUUCUUCCCAGUGGCUCCCGGCGCGACCGCCGGUGUCGCGUUGCCUCGCUGCCGCGUAAUGUCCCUUAGCUUGAAUUUGCUCUCUGCUGUCGUCUCUUACAACAGUGGACCUCUCCCAGCGACAGGUCCAGCUCAAGAGUUGAUGGCAGCCUCCUCUGUCCUGAACAGUCCCGACACGCACUCGGCAUUGUCGCCUUGAGAGUACGCCAACAGCAAUAGCAGCAGUAGCAGUCAAGCGUUUGGUAGUAGCGGCUUCGAUAAAGGUACUUAGUCUUAAAGCGGGCAGGACGGUUCACCGUUCGAAGGGAACCGACAGCCUAAGUCCCUUCAAUCGAAAUCAGUGGUCGUUUUGUAGGCGACGAACUCUGCUGCAGGACUAGCGCCGUUCUAGCGUUCGCUUGCAAACUUGGGCCGGUUCCCUAAUUACGCGCCACAAUAAGUACUAUCAUCGAAAAUAAAUAGCAAGACCUGUACUAUUUGCCUGCCAUUUGUUGACACUAUUGUUUUCCCGAAUGUAUCGCAGUACAGUGCCGACGCCACUGCAUCGAGCGAGAGCUGAACUUUUAAAUUGUGCAAUGAGCGUCUACAAGUGUAAAACAAGAAUAACAGGCGCCUGAGUUCUUGAAAAAAGAUUUCUAAAGUAGAAAUCCUGUAUACACGGGAAAUAGCAAGCUGAUUACAAGAUGAAUGAAGCGAACUUGGUGUGAUUCGUAAUGUGGCCUGCUUAAAGAUAGGAUUCAUUACUACGAAUAGAAAAGUGUGAUAUCUAAUCUAAAGAUUCCCUAAAUGCAGCAGUAGCAAAGUCACCAGCGACUUGAUAUCCUCUCAUUGUCACCCAUCGACACAUAAUGCCUCCGCGUCAGAAGCUACACCGUAAAGGCCACUCGAAACGUGUUAAACGGUUUGUCGAGGAGAAUGAUUUCGAACUUGAUCCUAUGUCAACGUUAGAUGUUGAAGAUCUUUUAACAGAAAGGAGGCAUAUCAUGGUGGCCACACUCGUGGCAUGCUUCACAUUAUUUUUCUGGAUUAUCGCAGUCAGCACUUCGUAUUGGGUAAUAAUCGACGGCGGACCAUCAGGAAUACACAUGAACCAUACGAGAGUUACAUAUUUACAUGGACAUAUGGGACUCUUUCGCAUGUGCCGUUCAGUUGUACGACACUCUUGGCUCGGCGGUCGACCCUCUUCGGAGGGGGCUCAAGAGGAGUGCCGUUAUUUCUACGUAAAUCCGAACAAGGCCGAAUAUAGCACAGACGCGAUGUUGGACCGGACGAUACUUGAGUACACCCGAUCACAGAUUGCGUUUACCUGUGUCAGUAUCUUCGUGAUUAUAAUGGCUAUCGCGUUUUCGAUGUACACCUUUACGCAGCAGCGGUACAUGUUCAAGAGACUCGCUGGAGGCGUCUAUUUCAUUGCUGCUGGAGUUAUGCUGGUAAUGAUCGAAAUUGAAUCAAACAAUACCAAUUACGAGCAGAACCACUUUCAUCAACGCCACCCAUUUCAGGCCCAGUGGUCGUUUGGGUUAUCCUACUUUCUCGCCUGGAUCUGUCUCAUUACUUUCGCAGCAAUUGGUGGACUCUUCAUUGUCUACUCACGUAAACGUAAAUUGGACAUUGCUGCCGAUCGAGGAUUCUCGCUUAGCUAGAACGGAGACGUAUUGUUAUUACGAUCGUAAUCUGUCAGUCUGAUCCAGAAUCUGUCCGCAGUGUUAGCUCAGUGGAUAUUGCACUCGUUGACCGAGAGCAUGUGGACGUAUUUGCACCAAGGUCAAAGUUCUUAUCUAUUUGCUUCCAGGUAUAAAUAGAUUUAUGCAUACCCUUGACCCCCAAUGCUCACACGUAAGAUGUACUUAUUGUAUUUUGGUAUGAAGCUCAAAUCUUCGUCACAAGUUAAGCUAUGUCAAGUUUAGUUUUAAGUUAUUUCAAUGUUUAACAAAGCUUUAGGCAUUGCCGUUGAUGCCAUACGAUAGAUAGUUUGGGUGUUACCCAACGUCGUUAUACGUCGCUACGAAAGGUUAGUUUUUAAUUAGUUGGUACAGUCUUAUGACUCCAGAGAUGAGCGGCAGCGAUAAGGCAGAAGCGAUUGUUGACUGCCGUCCGCCAAGGACAAGCGACUUUUUAAGCUUGAGAGCGAUUGCCUUCACAUAUUGUUAGGGUAAGGCGGGCACCGAAUGUACUAAGUGAAGCUUGUUGUGCAUUGUAAGACGGAUUUUGUAGACUUUGUGCGGGUUACGUUUAAAUAAUUACACUGCGUUUAGGCAAUCUCUGCGGUAGCCCAUUAAGUUAAAGCCUUCAAUCUGAAUAGUUUAACUAAUAUUCUACAUUAAGAUGACUAAUUGAUAGGAUAGAUUCAAUUGUCUGUGUACAAUUUUAAAGAUUAUUUGGGUCGCAAACCAGAAUUAUUUUAGAGAAAAGAUCCUUCCAGGCAAACAGAUCUGAAAAUGUGUUCCCCAUCGUAUAGCUCAAACAAGAACCAUGAUUUAAGCUCAUAUGGUCAGGUUCAAGGAAUAAUACGAAACGAAAACUCGAUCUAUUUUUACCUUAUGUGAAAGAAUAUACUUGUAUACCCAAAGUCUUUUUACCUACGUUUUCUAUGACCUGAACGCUCCCUUUCUAAUGACCUUCUUUGUAAGGUUAGUGUUUCAAGGGCUUUUGCAAUGGUCCGUGUGUUAUGUUCGGAGCUUACCUCGUUGUUUUGAUACAAUUUCUAGGAUCGAUUUUAUAGAUACACGGUUUAGAUAGAUGAGUGUGUACGAAAAAAGAUCCAUAACGUCACCAUAUAUCGACAGCUUGACGAUGGCAUAGGUCAUACGGAUUUGUUUUGAUCAGCCACAAGGCUAUAGACGACGUUGCGAGGUGUGCCGAAUUAAACUUAAGCGAUGACGAAGAAGCGGUGAAGAAAAAGAAACAAAAAUAAUAAUUAAAAGUACUCGAUCGUUUCCGUCGACGAAGACUAUUGUGUGUUGGUGCGCGGCGCGCAGCCCAAGUGACAUGGGAGCGUUACAAUGCAUAGUAAACUGAUCGUAUCGGCACCUAAAUGCAUCUCAUAUGCUACAAUCAGUGGCGCUGUAAACUGCAUCUGAUUACAUUAUUUAAUGAGCUGUAUACUUUAGUGAGGACUGGUCAAGAUUAAUUUACGAUAAUCAAGAUCGCCACAAUGGUACGUACGUACGUACGUACGGGCGGGCUAUUCUUGAACGAUAACUGCAUGUAUAUUUGGGGAAAUUAUGAUACGUCUUGUUGUUUCCGUUACUUCAUGCAUCGUUUCAGCCAACGAAGUACUCAUCCAGCAGGUGAUACCAAGGCAUCAAUAAAUACAAUAAAAGACAAUCGUACAUCGUGAGCGACACACACGUA